CAAUAGGAUUUGCUCUGUAGUAAAGAAGAUAUAUUUAAUUUUGCAAAAACUCCAAAAUCAAAAUCAUCUUUUCGACUUGUGAGUGAUAACUAUAUUCACUCAUUUUAGAUUAAACUCAAUCUCAACCACUCGUUUGUAGAAACCGAAUGGGACCAGACAAAUCGUAAGCUUCAUUCUACAUCUGAAUGCAUAAUUCAAUUCCUUUCUCUUUGGCCGCUUUCUCUUCCACCUCCUGAUUGUUAAUAGAAAGAGCGAGAACUUUUUUUUGAAAAAAAUGAAGCUCUCCCUCAAUCUUCAAGAUGAAGAUAAUCCUCGCUUAAAAGCCAAAAUACCCAUUUCAAUGUUCGACCAGCCUUUCACUUCUAUCUUCUCCACCGCUGCAAACUCAUUUUCAGAUUUCUCCUUCUCUGUUGCCACCAAUUUUCCUUCUGGUCCUUCUCUCAAAUUCACCUACAAUCCAUCAUCUACUACAGAUGCUUUCUUUUCUCCAAUUUCUCUAUCUCUUAAAUCAGGAUUAGGCCUCUUUGGCUCUCCUCAAAAUUCCCCUCUGGUUUUCUCUGCUAAUUUCUCUCUUUCUAAUUCAAGCCCUAAUGUUGUCAUCCCUACUUUCUCUCUUCAUUUUAAGCCCAACUUUGGUCAUUUCUCUCUUCACAAAAGAACAUCUCCCUCUUCAAACCCUAACCCUGAUUCUGAUUCUGGGACCCACUUGGUAUCUGAGUCCAAUUUGGACUAUAGCUCGUCUUCAAAUUCUGAGUUCGUAAAUGGUUUUGCUCCAGAUGUGCCAUUGGGUUGGCAAGAAGUGAAAUUGGAGCCAUUUACUAGCAAAGAUAAAGAAAGGUCCGCAAAUGCUAACCCGAGUGAUAUUGGAAUUGGGUUUUUUGCAGAUAGGCAAUUAGUGUGGAGAGAUGCUAAGAAAGUUGGUAUUUUGAGUGGAGUUGCUGUCAAGGCAAGGACAAUUUUGCCUUUAAGUAAAAGGGUAAAGGUGAAUCUGAGGUGGAGUGUGAAUUUGCCUGAUGAUUGGGGGAUAAAGAGGCCUUAUUUGAUAGUAAAUAAGAUUGGGAUAGAGAGGGUUGAUAAGGUUGAGGAAAUAAAAGAAAAUGAGAAUAAUAGUGCAGGUGAUUUGGAGUUAUUGAAAGGAAUGUGUUUUUGGAUGAGAAGGGAUUUAGACAAAAUAGAGAGGGAAAAUAAGGAUAUGCGGAGGUGCUUAGAAGAAAUGAGAGUUGGAGUCUCAGCAAAGACAUCGCGUGGAGUGAGUAAUGGUGUUGUAAAGAAUGUGGUGCCAGCUUCAACUGAUAGGUUGGGAGAGUUUGAACAAUGGAGGAGCAAAAAAAAUGAAGGUAAUGGGCGAGCAGAACCAAAGAAGCCUGCAGAUCGGGCAACUGAUCUGGAAAGUGAGUUGCAAAAGGCUAUCAAAGCUGCUGCUUCUUAACAAGGUUGGAAAUGUCUUGCAAUAUAUUACUUUUUUGCUUGUUUAGAAUCUGUAUAGUAUUGAGCUUUGAGGUUAGGUAAAAUUAUACGGAAUAUUUGGAAUAACUAUUAUAGGCUUGCUUAUGAAGUAUUGGCCUUAUAUGCAUCCUUUCUUGUGCAUAUUCUAAUUUAAUAAUGUUUGAGAAAUAUAAUGGAUUCAUGCAAGUAUAAUCGCUUUAUUUUGGAAGCGUUCUAAGUUGGAAUUUUAUUUUUUCUUUUGUGUAUUA